AGCCACUGCCAAACGUGGCGUUAUAGUAUUCAGUAGCUUUUUGCUUCGCCAUUUUAAAGCUUUCAACUGCUCCCGCUACAAAAAUCUGACCAAGGGUCUCCGCUUCGAAAAUGCUGGCGAAUCUCCAUCUAAUCUCCUGCAACUUCUCCUCUCAGUCCUUUUAUCUGAGACCUAGGAGUUCAUCUUCGCGCCAAACCCAAUUUCUACAUCAUCCAAAGUUGCCGCGUUUACUUCCUAAAGCAGGUUUCAACCAGCCAUUUUUACUCGAACACAACGCGAAUUUCCCAAUUCAGAGGAAGGGUUCCAUCCAAAUAUGCCGCAGCGUUCUGAAAUCGCCGGAUGAUCCAGAGAAAGAGCAGGAGGGCUUGAAGGAAAGUAAGGAUGUCGGCGCGAGAGAGAGUAGGGAUUGGACUAGCUCAAUUUUGCUGUUUGUGUUCUGGGGCGGAAUUUUGUACUAUGUCUUCAAUCUCACUCCUAACCAGACUCCGUCGAGAGAUAUGUAUUUCUUGCUGAAGCUGUGCAAUUUGAAGGGAGAUGAUGGGUUUAGGAUGAAUGAGUUUCUUGUUUCCUUAUGGUACAUCAUGGGUUUGUGGCCUUUAGCUUAUAGCAUGCUUCUCCUUCCAACUGGAAGAAGCUCAAAGAGCAAGAUUCCAGUGUGGCCUUUCCUUGUACUUUCUUGCUUCGGUGGUGCUUAUGCCCUUAUGCCGUAUUUCGUUCUCUGGAACCCUCCUCCACCUUCUGUUGAAGAAAGUGAGCUCAAGAGAUGGCCUUUGAAUGUUAUGGACUCAAAGUUGACUGCAGUUGUUUUGCUCGCUGCCGGACUAGGCCUGUUUAUCCGUGCAGGAAUUUCAAUUGAUGACUCGGGCGAAUUUUUCCAGUACUUCAGGGAGAGCAAAUUUAUUCACAUCACAUCCCUCGAUUUCUCUCUGCUGUCUUUGUUCGCUCCUUUCUGGGUUUACAAUGAUAUGACUGCUCGAAAAUGGUUUGAUAAAGGUGCUUGGCUCCUUCCUUUAUCGUUGAUUCCAUUCCUGGGUCCAGCUUUAUAUUUGGUCCUACGGCCAUCAUUAUCAGAACUUGCAACCCGUUCAGAGCCAGAGUAGACAUCCAAAUUUGAAGCUUUGCUUCUCUACAUUCAAAUCAAUUCUCGGCACAGCUGUGAAAGCAAUUUCAGAUAUGGCUCAAGGAAGAAUCUAUCAAGCUCUUGGCUACCCGUCUCGAAUCGAGCUGAGCGACUUCUUGCUUUAGGGAGGACAAGUGUCGACUUCCUGAUGGCUGAAGUUGUAA